AUGAAGGUUCACCCUGGGCCAAUCAAGCUCCAGAGACUCCCUCACGUAUUUGCCAAAGUCCUUCAACUCCCUUUUCACUCUAAUGCCGAUAUUUCAAUUCAAGAAACCUCAGAGUCUUUUCUUUUCAUGGCUAAAACCGAUGAUAUGAGUCUGCAGAAUGUUCGGGCUGAUGUGAUUGAGAUAUAUCCCGGGGUGAUGAAGGUGGUGAUCAAAGAAAUGAAGGGCGGUGAUUCCACGCGACCAGAGAUGACAACGGCAAAUUGUUUUGCUGGGGAGUUGGUUAUUACGGUGCCAAAAAGUUUGAAUUUGAACAAUAAUAGUGAAGAACAAAUUCAAGAAGUAUCAGAUUGCGGUGAAAUGAAAGGAAAAGAGAGACUUGUUCUUGUUGAGUGA